AUGGAGUGCUACGGAAUCGGUGAGCUUAAGUUUUACAUCCACAGAACCGAUGACAGCAUUCGAAAGGCGAUUGAAACACUCCUUGCGUUGGAGAAUAAAAUCGGAGGAUCCACUGGAGAGUUUGCCGCCUACAGGAAAACAUUGAAAGAAAUCAGGGCUGAUCUAGCAAUAGUGCGGAAAAGUACUGAAUGA